UUUGUUUGUUUUGGUUAAAAAUUAAGAAAAAAAAGAAAGUAUUUGUAUAACAUCACGUGCAGAGCACGUGUAAAAGGAUAGAAUAGAACAGAUAAGGGAGUUUCUUCUCCGUGAGCUCAGACAGACACCAUACGAGACAGUAAAUCAAAUUUCAGAGUUUCAUAAAGUCAUGACCUUUCACUGAACACUCUCUUCAUUUCUCUCUCUCAUAAACCUCGACACCCUAAUCAUGGCUUCCAAAGUUCUUCCCCAGGCGCUAAUUACAAUUCCGAGAAAUCCUAACCAACCCGCAAUCAAGAACCUAGGGUUUACCAGUGCUGUUUCUCGUCGCCCUUCUCUCUCGAAUUCUGCUCGGCUUUGGACUUCCAGGGUUUCAACCAGCUCAAUUGGCUGCAAUUUCGGUCCCCUACUUGCCGCGGCGAAUGGGAGACGGUGUUUUGUUGUGAGGGCGGAGUCGAACUCCGAAGGUGAAGCUGAAGCUGAAGCAGCUGAGAGUGGUGUGGAGAAUGAAGAAGUUGGAGUUGAAGAGGCUUCGGAGGUCAAUGCUGAAGGAGAAGAAGAAGUUUUGGAGACUGAGGAAGCGAAGCCACCCAGAAAGCCUCGGGUUAAGCUUGGAGAUAUAAUGGGGAUUUUAAAUACAAGGGCGGUUGACGAGUCACAGAAAGAAAGGCCAGUUCCAGACAUAAGGACUGGAGAUGUUGUGGAGAUCAAAUUUGAAGUUCCUGAAAAUAGACGUAGAUUGUCUGUCUAUAAAGGUAUUGUCAUUUCAAGACAAAAUGCUGGAAUUCAUACAACAAUUCGAAUUCGGAGGAUUAUUGCUGGUGUUGGAGUCGAGAUUGUAUUCCCUCUGUACUCACCUAACAUAAAAGAGAUAAGAGUAGUGAGUCACAGGAAGGUUAGAAGAGCAAGGCUAUAUUAUUUGAGGGACAAACUUCCUAGGCUUUCCACUUUCAAGUGAAAAACGCUGCCAGUCACCGGUUAUUUUUGCUCUGAAACUUAUUUCCCUUAUCAUCUCAUGUUCUUGUAAGAACUUGUGCCUCCUGAAUUCAUUUUUGGUAAAUGUAUCUGUUCUCUUGUUUUCUUCAUAAA